GGAAAAACGGAAUCCUCUCUUGUUCGUCGUGGGUGCUGGUCUGGUCGGGAAAAACCGUGGAAAUUCAUAACAGUGCUUCGGUAGUGAUUGUAUGUAGUGGGUGUUCACGGCACCAGGUAGUGCCUCAAUUUUCUGGAAUUUGGCUGAAUCUCAAACGAUUUUCCAACUCGCUGAGCAUCAUCAUAUCAGAUAAACAAGCACGAAGUGCCGAGGCGCCCAACGAUUUGGAAGGAACUCAUCGGAACUGCUCGUUUAGUCCAGUCCAGUCGACGUUCGGUCGCUGCCACGUUUGGACACAACCAAGAAGAGCCGCCUCUUGUAAUCUUAUUCGGAACAGUAUCGAUUCCCCGGUGAUAACGCGAACGAAAAACGCGAAAUCCAACAGUCGAAGCGCGUUGUCGUCGUCGUCGUAGGUGCAGGUGCACGAGGACGGUCUGCGCAUGAGGAGGAAGGCGGCAGGCAGGCGUCUAUCGUGCGGCGGUGAUUAAUAGUGCUUAGAAGCACAUACGGUUGUUCGGGCUUUCAGUUUUCAGUCGUGUUCCGGCAUUUCGAACGGAAGCUAUCAGGACAGGACUACAUCAACAAUAACGACGACAACAGCUGGUGCGUCAUGGUGCGACCGUUUAAUACCUCCCCGGAAAAUGGAGGAGACCACGCUGCCGCUGCACAGCCGAGACCGACGGCGCCUCCUCUGGUGCAGAUCAAUCAGGAGGGGGACGGUGAUUUCACAAAUCCGGAUAUGUAUGUAGACUUUCUGAUCCUCGGGAACAAGGAAAACUACAGCGUCCGGGCCGAGAAGAAACCGAUUCUCGAUUCCAAUACUCAGCUGGCACACAUGAUCAGUGGAUCGUCUGCGACGAGCGUCGUCGAUGGAAAAUACGUGGUGCGUGAUGUCGAUAAGGAUAAUUUCGAGAUUUUUGUCCGUUACCUCGAAACCAAAUUCAUCAAAUUUCACUCCGCAUCACACAUGAUCCAGAUCCUGGAGCUGGCCUCCCGCUUUCAAUGUCGGCAGCUCGAAAUCCACUGCGUCAAGGAGUUGGAUCUAAACCUGACGGUCGACAACGUGUUGGAAGUUUUUCGUGCCCUCUGGUACUACAACUCGAUCAGCCCGGCAAAUGCGGCAGCCGCCGAGCAGCGGCAACAACAGAAGAAAAAACGCCGUCGCCGGAAGGACGAAAAACCUGCCGAAGCUCCCCUGACGCCCGAGGAGUACUUUGCAGCGCUGCUGAACAACUGUUUGCAACUGAUCGACAUGUACACGGAAGACGUUAUCUCUCAGGAAACGGUGCUGGCGCUGCGUUUCGAGGAGCUCGAGCGUAUUGCCAAACGUGACGCGCUGCAGCUGUCUUCGGAAACGGCUCUUCUGGAUCUGCUGGCAGCCUGGAGCCGAGAGGAGUGCAACCGAAAGAAUCUCGAGCUGACCGGGGAAAAUCGUCGACGAGUUCUGGGGGCCCUUUGCUACGCUCCCAGAUAUCUUACCAUGACCAGAAAGGAAUUCGAAAACGCCAAGGACCGCAUCGAGCUCCUGGAUCCGGUAGAGGCCAAACUGGUCGGUGAGAUUCUCAGCGGUAAAAAGGUUUCCAGUUUGACCCCGGAACAACAGACAAUGGUUGCCAACUUCCGCGAACAGAGGCCGGCUUUUGCACCGAUGCCAAUCCAGUUAAGUGCCCGAAGUAACCCGAAAAACUAUCCCAAGAAAAUGCGCAAGGCUGCGGAGGAAGCCGAAGGCGAGAAGCGGAACUGCUGCGAGAGACUGAUCAUUACUUUUGUUUCGAUAUUUGCCUGCAUAUUCGACUAGCCAAUUUUGGUUUAGUAACAGCAAAGUGCAGAAAAUCUCAGUUUCACGCGAGAAAUCUUCUAAGCUAUAUAGGAUUUACAUGAAACAAAACCAAGCCAUGAAUCAUUCGAAAAUGUUUAGUACAAGUGCAAAGCUCUGGAGAGAAAACUUUUUUUCCGUGUGUUCAAAAUAUCGUUUAUUAAUUUGCUUCAGACAUACCUCUAUACAUCGACAGGACAUGUUUACUAUCUUACUAUUGCUUUUGAAUUUAUGAAAAGAUGACACUAUAUCUGUUGUUCAUUGUUAGAAAAGUUCUAGCAAAAAGGAUUGUUUUUAGAAAAGUUCAUAUGAAAUAUGGACUGACGAUCGUUUAUUUAUUGUUAGCAUUUGAAUCAAAAAUUCUGCUUUAUCAAAAGAAUUAAUUUUAAAACAUUAUCUUCCUUAUUAGUAUUAGUUAGUCGACGUUCAUAUCAGCAAUCGCACUAAUUUAACUGUUACAACUGAUUUUGUUAUGUUCUCGUAGUUUUAGCUUUGUAAUUAUGUUUUCCCAUUUGGAGAAACAAACAAAAAUAAAAUAUAAAUUUUAAACUCUAGUCUAUGCCGUUAAAAGUACUGUGCAUAAGUUUUUUUAAUCGUCUGCGGACUGAGACCGAUAAAAGUAUUUUAAAAGAUCCUUUUAAAAAGAAAAGUAUAAAAGAGUAUAACCGUUUCAGCUUUCAGCUUAGUUAAAAUAUAUAUGACAGAGAAAUUUUAUUCAAAGAAUAUAUAGACAGUCAGAAAUUGUUUAUUACGAAAAGGGAAACAGUGUCCCAACAAUAGAAAAGAAAAUUAUAAAUUCUCUUCAUACAUACAGAACAAAAAACACGCUGUAUGCUUUUCAGAAAAGCCCAUUAAAAUCCGUUGAAGCUUAGCAAAUUUUGGAUUACCUAGUAAAACAAAAAAAAACGGAAUAAACCCGAAGAAAACAGUAUAAAAAGUGUUGACAAAGUACGAUGGAUUUAGUUUUAUGCUAUUACUACUAUUAUAGAGAAAGCGAAACGCAGUUAGACGAACGUGAUUGUUUAGUAUAUUAUCCGUAAAAGUGCACCCACAAAUAUGUCUUGUGACAAGAGAAACGGCGCACGCAUACAUAAAGGCGAAUACAAAAUGUAACAAUAGAACAGCUUAUUCAGCUAGGUUGCAGUCAGGUUAAUCGAAUAUGAUUGAAAAAAAAAAUAAAAUAAAAUGUCGUUGCCAUAUUAAUACAUCACUUAGUGGAAAAUAAUUUUCAGAUUAAUUAACCCUUAGAUAAUCUUGCAAGCGUAGUCGUUAACUUAUUGUAGUAAAAUAAGUUUUGUAUGUGUAAUUUGUUAGUUCAUCCUGGAAAACAACAGGCUACGGAGAUUUUUCACAAACUAAUGUAAUUUUUCCGCGUUAUGUGUUCGAUAUUCUUUUGGAAACGACCGAAGAAGUUGCGAGUGGCUCAUUGCCAAUAGACGACUGGAUACUAGGCAAGAAGCUCUAACUUAGGAGUGAAAGUAAAACAAAAGGUAACAUGUAAAUCAUCAUCGGAAUAAAUACAAUUUGUGCAAUUGA